AUGCAGGCCAUACAGCUGCUGCAACCAGGUUGGGAGCUUGAGACCUCCCUACCUGCAGAUCUGCACCUCUCACGGCCUGAAUGGGGCACUCUCCUGCCACCCGGCACAGACCUUGCCUCACUGCAAAGCAUCGAUGUGUACACAGAUGGCUCCUUCGAUGGUACCAACAGCUCAUGGGCCUUUGUUGCCUUUGGGGCAAGAGACUGCUGUCUCUAUCUCAUUGGCUGGGCCGGAGCACGUGUUGACACUCAGCCCGAUGCUUCUCUCUACAUUGGAGCGCAAGCGCAUACUGCACUGGUCGGGGAACAAAGUGCCCUGUUUUGGGCCCUUGCGUGGACCCUGCAGACACCACCAGGUGUGCAGGCUCGCGUACACGCAGACUGCCUGGUUGCACUUCGACAGGCGACAGGACAAUAUGGGUCUGCCCUACAUGAAGGACUGCCUGGUUUCUGCCGCCAAAUCUGCCAAGCCGUGCAGACGGCCCACCCUUCUUUCGACUCUGAUAUCAAACAUGUCAGGUCCCACAAAGGCCAUUACGGCAAUGAUCUUGUGGAUCUCCUUGCCAAGUAUGUGAACCAGAUCGAUGGCUCUGUUGCCUGUGCUGCUCAACGUACUGCUCCAUUCACCAACCUGUGUGCCACUUCCCGGCUGCGCUGGCUAUGGGUUGUUCUCCAAGCCACCAAAAACCCUGGAGAAUGGCCUAGCUAUGUUGGCACCGGCUUCGUGGAUAAAGCUCGCCACACAGCACCAUUCCAGCUUGCAGCGAUCGAGACACAGUCCCUGUUUGGACUUUCGCCUGAUGCCCCUGCUGACACCGCUGACCCUACCUUUCGUGCAGACCUGUGUAUCUUUACUCUCAAUGUUCAGACAUUGGCGGAAGCCCCCCCUCCAGGUGCUGUCCCAUCCGAGGACGUGUUCCAGGGCAAGGCAGCUUUCCUUCGCGAGCAGUUUGAUCAUUUUGGGGCGCACAUCAUUGCCCUACAAGAAGCGAGAGGGGCGGGAGACAACACCUUUGUCUCUAGCUCCCACGUCAGGUUCUGUACGGGAAAGGACAGACAGGGUAAUUUCGGUGUUGAGCUCUGGUUCUCCCGUUGUCGCUCUUUCGCCACCGCUAGUGGAGUUAAAGUUUGCUUCGCCCCCAAUGACUUUGUCGUUCUGGCGUCCACGCCACGAAUGCUGUUGGUGAAGUAUACACGCGGUCCCCUGCGGGUUCUAUUCGCGGUAAUACAUGCACCCAGCAGCACCAAUUCGCAAUGCGCUUCGUGGUGGCGGGAGCUCCGUCAGACCCUGCACCGGUUUGCACACGGCGUUUCCCUUGUCAUGCUUGGUGACUUCAAUGCACACUUCGCCGAUAGUGUCACUGGGCACGUCGGGGAGCUUGUAUUCCCCACCAAGCACCCGGCUCCACCCGCCUUGAUAGACAUCCUUCAGAACUUUGGACUGUGGCUCCCCUCCACGUUUGGCCACUGCCACCCUGGCCCCACAGCUACAUGGUGGCCUCCCAGUGGUGGCAGUGGAGCUCGUCUUGACUACCUGGCAGUGCCUCAGUCUUGGGGAGUCUUGCGUGAUGGCUCCCAGGUUUUCUCAGCACUUGAAUGGGGGCAGGCCAGGGAUGAUCAUCAUGCCCUGCGUACCUGGGUGCAUUUCCAAGACAGAGGCCGCUUCAGACCACAGGCACGCCGGCCAGUGUAUGACAGGGAAGCCAUGCUGACCGACAACGGGCGUGAUACUCUUCGGCGCAUAUUUGCGGCUGCUCCAGUGGUCCCCUGGCAGUGUGAUGUGCAUUCCCAUUACACACGUCUCCAAACAUACCUUUCGUCUGCCCUGAGCUCUGCAUUUCCCGCAACCAAGGGAAAUUGUCGUUCCUCGCACUUCAGUCCCCACACAUGGCAACUGCGGCAGCGCAGAGUGUGGCUGCGCCGACAGGUUGUACAUCUGCGGGCCUGUGUCAAUGAAAUGCUCCUCCAUUGCGGGUGGCUUACUUGGCAAGCGGACAUGCGAAUGUAUGUCGCCCAGCUGACCGCUGUUUUGCGCCGCGGGCGCCAACUUAUCACCCUAAGUCAUCAUGUCAGCGAUCUAGCGGCCACCAAGAAGGAGCUCCGCCAAGCCAUUAGGAGCGACGUCAAUCGGCGUAUCGGGGACGCCGCGGCCACUGCGGCUGUGCAGUCCACGGGUCAUGUUGUUUCCCGCCUUCAGUGCCUCCUUGGCCCUUCCAAGCGCAAGACACGCCAGGCCAAGGGUCUGCCCCGACUUCAAAGGGCUGAUGGCACCGUUGCGGAGACAGCAGAUGAAGUGGUUGAUACUUGGAUUGAGCACUUCUCGGGCAUUGAAGGCGGACAGCGCCGUACACCACACGCCUUGGCUCAGGCUUGUGUCAAGACACAGCAGAACAGGGACCUUGAUUGCAUCAACCUCACUGCUGCCGAUGUGCCCACCUGCUGCGAAUUGGAGGCCGCAUUUCGUGGCACUCAGCUGCACCGCGCUUUCGGCACUGAUUGUAUCCCUGCUGAGGCUCUUCACGCAGUGCCGGGACACGCCGCCCGAGUGCUCUACUCCUUGAUUCUUAAAUGCACCAUGCGCAUCGAAGAACCCCUUCAUUGGAAGGGAGGUUCUUUAUAUGCGGUAUGGAAGGGUAAGGCGGCGCCUCACCAAUGCCAUGCCCAUAGGGGCAUUCUCGUUUCAUCGGUAGUUGGCAAGGCGUACCAUAAGAUGCUCAGACAGCGCAAUGUGCCUGCCCUUGCCGGUGUAGCCACGGCUUUCCAAAUCGGCGGGCUGCCCCAACGCCCAGUCACCAUGGCUUCGCACAUGGUGCGGGCUUUCCAGUCCUGGGCUUGCGGUAAUGGCUUUUCCCUUGGCAUCAUUUUCCUUGAUUUACGCGAAGCCUUUUAUCGUAUUAUGAGGCCUCUCGUCGUUGGAUUUCAAGGCUCGGAUGCUGACAUUGCGGCGAUUGUCAAGGAGGUUCACCUUCCUCCGGAAGUGAUGCACGAGAUCCAUGAGUAUCUCCAGGCCGAGACUCUCUUUGAGUCUGCUGGUGCCUCCUCAUGGCUGUCCGCGGCUACCUGCGAAGCCUUGAGCCAUACGUGGUUCCGAUUCGAACACCACGAAGCCGUUACAGAAACGGGCAUCGGGACUCGUCCCGGAGAUAAUCUGGCAGACAUUGUCUUUAGUUUUGUCUUCGCACGGGUGCUUCACCAGGUGCGUACAGCUGUGGAACAAGAGGUCGGAAUCGCCACACUGCCAUGGCAUUCCGACAUGCUUGCCAACCUUUGGCCCGUUUCCUCCACAGCUACGGACUCUCUGGCCAUCCUGGACAGCACGUGGAUGGACGACACUGCGCUUGUUCUUUACACGACUGUCGCAUCCGAGCUGCCGCACAAGAUUAAGAGGACCCUAGGUAUCCUGCUAGACAGCUGCCUUGGCCGCGCUUUACUGCCAAAUCUCGACCGCGGUAAAACGGAGACCAUUGUAUCGCUCACUGGCACCGGCUCCCGCAAGCUCCGGGCUGAGCUUUUCAGAGAUGAUCCCCCACUGAUUUCAGCCGACAGCCGUCUGUGGCCAGGAGCCACUGUGCAGAUAGUACCCCACUAUCGGCAUCUCGGAGGACUUAUUCAUCAUAGUGGAGCCCUUCUUCGGGAGCUGCGUUGCCGAGUUGCAAUGGCAUGGCAGGCCUUCAACAAGAGGCGCAAACGCAUUUUCUCCUCUCGCUUUGUGCCGGUUGCAGACAAGGUUUCCCUGUUUGACUCCCUCGUGCUUUCCACUUUGCUGUUCGGUGCGGGGACUUGGCCCACGCUCACGAAAGCAGAAGAGCAAUGCCUCUCGACGGCUUACUUCCAGAUGGCCUGCACCCUCCUAAAGCCCGCGUUCGACAGUCUCCAGGCGCGGCGGCUUGGCCAGCUUCGCGUCCUGGCCUUGGCGGGACUGCCCACCAUCAGCACACUGCUCCACUUGGCACGUCUUCGCCAUCUUGCUGCAUGUGCCACCAAUCCUAUCCCAGAACUGUGGGCCCUGCUUCAUGCGGAAGCGAACUGGCUAGCCUCCGCACGCCAUUCUCUUGAAUGGCUCUGUGAGCUCGUCGCUGAAGAGGGCUGGGCCCCGAGUGCCCCAGAAGCCUGGCAUCUCUGGAUGGAUACCAUCCGAUGCAAUCCUGGGCGCUGGAAGCGUCUCCUGCGCAAGGCACAGCAGAGAGCUGUUCGCAGGGAGGCCUGGCACUCUGCCGGGGUCUACCAUCGAGGGCUUCUCUCCAAACAGCUGCGUAUUGCAGGCGGCAUCUUGCUUGAACCUGUUAUGGAGCUCUGGGACCGCCGGGAAUGCUGUGGGCCUUGUCGCCAAACUUUCCCCAAUCUCCAAGCCUGGUCUGUCCACGCUUUCAAGACACAUGGACGGCUUACCGCUGGCAGAGGUGUCCUAAGUGGACGACAAUGCCAGAAAUGUCUCCGGCAUUUUGCAACGAACCUCAAACUCUGCAAGCACCUUGCAUAUAGUCACCAAUGCCGUCGAAGCCUCCAAGUCGCAGGUUACCACGCCCCAGUCGAACCCGGCCAGGGCAGCACCCGAGGAGAGGACCAGCACCGAGUCCAGGCCCCCGUUCUUCAGGCAGAGGGCCCAGUCCUGCCUUUUGACUCGGCCGAAUGGUGCGACGAAGCCGACCGCCCAGUCGCUGAGAUUUUGGACUGUUUGCGACAUGUUGGCCUAGGCAUUGCACAUGACGAUGUCCCCGCCGUUGAGGAGCAGAUUCGAGUCGCCUUCGCCAGUGUUUGCGCGCCAGUCCGGCGCUUACGCAUUACUGCUCGAGCCUUCCUGGCGACUCAACUGCUCGGACUGCCAGAGCCCAUCCGCCCGAUUGUUGCCCGGACACUGGAAUGGGUUCCGACGGCUGACGUUGUGGAAUGGCUUGUUCCGUCCCCCGAUCCGAGUAUCGAUCCGACAUGCACAUUCCGGGACGAGGCCCUUGUGUUGGAGGCGUUGGAGGUUGCGGCCAUUCGUCUCCCUAGGGCUCUCACUUUCAGUGAAGAUCCUACUACGGUCCUUGUCGGCCCUGACGAGUGGUGUCUCCCGUUCGACGAUUGCCGCAGGAUCCUCUUUCCCUUCUCUGAAUGUGUCGCCUCUUUGCGACAGGGUGAUUCGCUCUCCUUUUUGGAAGGCCCCUUCGAGGAUGUGGUCUUUGAGAUUUGCCUGAACGACUGGAAUGGAUUUCGACAGUGCCCUCCUGUCUGCCUUCCACCAGCAAGCUUUCACCGGCAACUACUCCUCAUGACCCUUCAAGGGGACCUAAUGCGUUUCGCCCUUCGGCUCUGGGGCCGUGGAAUUCCCACUCGACUUCUCUUCCCUGUCAGUUCCCGUCCACAUAUCUCGCUUCUGCUUGAGAUUCCCGGGCUGGACUUCGUGGAGUCGAGCGGUUGGUGCACUCUGAGUAACUGCACGUGA